CGCAUUCAAAACAUUCCCAUUCCUCUCCGCCCUCUCCACUACCGCAGUCCAUUGUUACCGCGCCCAUCCGCGUGCAUCCCAGACCUUCCGUCCAUCCAUCCAUUCACCCACCGUCACCAUGCCUCCCAAGAAAGCCACCACCACCAAGAAGGCGCCUAGCACGUCGUCCCACCCGCCCUACCUAGACAUGAUCAAGGAGGCCGUUGUUGGCUUGAAAGAAAAGGGUGGCUCCAGCCGCCAGGCCCUCAAGAAAUACGUGCAGGCCAACAACGACCUGAAGGGCGUCACCGAUGCUGCUUUCACCACCCAAUUCAACAAGGCGCUCCAGAAGGGCUCUGACAACAACGUUUUCACGCGCCCGAAAGGCGCAUCCGGCCCCGUGAAGCUCGCAGCCCCCAGCAGCUCGGCCAAGGCUAAGCCCGCCGCGAAGAAGGCGACCACCGCCGCAGCCAAGCCCAAGGUGGCUAAGCCGAAGGCCGCCGCCACCAAGAAGACCGCUGUCAAGAAGGCUGCCCCCAAGAAGACUGCCGCAGCGAAGAAGGCCCCGGCGGCCAAGAAGGCGGCACCGAAGAGCAAGGCCAACACCACCAAGGUCCGCAAGACGCCCGCUGCCGCCCCGGCAGUCGCUGAAGAGAAGGCCCCUGUCGUCCUCGGCAAGACCAAGUCCGGCCGCGUGACCAAGUCCAAGGCACCGGCAGCAGCCAAGGCCACCGCGACGAAGCGAAAGGCACCGGCGAAGAAGGCGGCGCCCAAGAAGGCAUAAGCGCGUCGCCGCUUGUCCUUCUUUGUUGCUCUUUCUUCACCCCUGAUUGUCGCCCGCAACGAUGUUUCCGACUGUACGGUAGGCGCGUUGGCGAAUGGUGUCCGACGAACUUUGGGGAACAACCAUGUGAUACUCCCGACCUGCACCGGCGACACGUCAUGGCUGGGGAUGGGUUUGUGCGGUAAUGGUUGUUCCUGUGGGCGCGUGCGCGCGCGCGUCGCAAUGCGCCCUCUCUUCCCCCUCUCUCUCUCUCUCGAUACCUCUCUUCUGUUUCCUCGGGGGCGUUCUGGAGAUUUGCAGAUACCGGAUGGAUGGGAUGCAGGGGAUGGAGGCGUGGAUGUCACCAUGUUCGCAGAGUAGUACAUAGGUUGACAUGAAUGUACUUGAACCAUGGGCUGUUUCUGUUUGAA